AUGGGUCGGAUCAAGAAGAAGGGCGAGUCCGGUGCGGCCAAGAACUACAUCACCCGCACCCAGGCCGUCAAGAAGCUCCAGAUCAGCCUCCCGGACUUCCGCAAGCUGUGCAUCUGGAAGGGCAUCUUCCCCCGUGAGCCCAACAACCGCCGCAAGGCCAGCAAGAGCGCCACCGCCUCCACCACCUUCUACUACGCCAAGGACAUCCAGUACCUGCUGCACGAGCCCCUGCUGCAGAAGUUCCGCGACCAGAAGGUCCUCGAGAAGAAGAUCUCCAAGGCCCUCGGCCGCGGCGACGUCAGCGAUGCCGCCAGGCUCGAGCGCAAUGCCUCGCGGCCCGAGAAGACCGGCAAGCCCGCCUACACCCUCGACCACCUCAUCCGCGAGCGCUACCCGACCUUUGUCGAUGCCCUGAGGGACUUGGACGACGCCCUCUCCAUGCUCUUCCUCUUUGCCAACCUCCCCUCCACCUCCAGCGUGCCCGCCAAGAUGAUUGCCCGCUGCGAGCGCCUGUGCCUCGAGUUCCAGCACUACAUGAUCGUCUCGCAGAGCUUGCGCAAGUCCUUCCUGUCCAUCAAGGGCAUCUACUACCAGGCCACCAUCCAGGGCGAGGACAUCCUGUGGCUCGUCCCCUACAAGUUCAACCAGCGCGUCGUGGGCGACAUCGAUUUCCGCAUCAUGGGCACUUUCGUGCAGUUCUACAUGACCCUGCUCAAGUUCGUCAACUUCAGGCUCUACAGCUCCAUCGGCCUGGUCUACCCGCCCAAGUUUGACCAGAAGAAGGACGACUCCGCUGCAGAGCUCGGCGCCUUCACCAUCGAGGGCAACCACGCUACCGCUAUCCAAGAGGCCCCAGCCCACGCGCCAGCGACCGGUGGCGAGACGGAGAAGGCCACAGACCCCGCCACACAGGCAGCCGUCAACAAGCUCAUCAAGCAGAUGAAGGACACAGAGGUCGAGGCCAAGUCCACCGAGGCGGACGCGGCCUCCGCCGAGAAGGAGGACGAGGCUACCAACAGCAUUGACAAGUUUGAGCCUGCCGCACCUGGCGGUGACGUACUCCCGCAACCCACACACUCCGGAAGCGACCCUUCCUCUCUGUUCGCCAACUGCACAUUCUACCUAUCGCGUGAGACCCCGAGGCAACCGUUGGAAUUCAUCCUCAAGGCUUUCGGGUGCAAGCGUGUUGGCUGGGACGCUGUCCUAGGCGAGGGUGCGUACACCACAAACGAGCGCGACCCCUCCAUUACCCAUCAGAUCGUGGACCGUCCUGUGGUCCAGGCUGUCGCAGAGGAAGGCAAUGGCGAAGACAACCAGACUUCUCAGAAGCUUGAGCCGAACCAGAGAAUGCCCGGCCGAGUCUAUGUCCAGCCACAGUGGGUGUGGGAUAGUGUCAACGACGAAGAGCUAAAGCGGCCUGACCUCUAUGCCCCUGGUGCCCAAUUACCGCCGCAUUUGAGUCCCUUUGUUCAGAGUACUCACGGUGGCUAUGACCCGACUAUUCCCCUUGAAGACCAACAACCCGAGGAGGAAGCGUUGGCGGACAGCGACGAAGAGGAAGAGGAGGAUGAAGAGGAGGAUGAGGAGGAUGCAGAUGACCUUGCUGUCAAGGCCCCCGAGCCAGCUGCUGAUGGAAUGGACAUUGCCAAGUCUGAUGAUGAAGACGAGAACGAGGCAGCUUCUUUUGGUGGCUUCUCAGAGGCGGAAGAUGCCGACGAAGCCGAAGAGGACGAUGCCGAGGAAGAAGAGGACAAUGAGGAGGACGCCGAGUUACAACGCCAGCGCGAGCUGAUCGCGGAGAUGACUGGGCAGCCAGUUCCACAGAAGGCCGCUCAGAACCCGCGAGCCAAGGCCAAGGCUGAUGCAAGGAAGAAGCUAGCGGCUCAAGCCAAGGAAGAGGCCGAGGAUUUGGAGCGUGCCCGUGGCAUGCUUAGCAAGAAGAAGCGCAAGUUGCAUGAUCAGAUGAUGUACACCAAUAACAAGAAGAGCGCCGAGGACCAGAAGCUAAGAGAGAAGAGGAGAAAGCUGGAAAAGCAAAAGGCAAGGAAGCCGCCGGCGUAG